UUUAGCGUACGUCGAUUAGUCAUGCCUGGAGAGUGGGCCGCAGGGACGGUGUUAGAUGGCGUUCCAAAAAAGGGACUGUUACGGUGCGGUUGGCUCUCCAAAGAGCACAAAUAGGAGUUUUUCUCUAGCAAAGAGUGACACAAGACGCCUCGCAUGAUAACCGAUAUCGUCGAUAUUUGGCUCUACCUGCCCACCUCGAGUAGAUGCUAGCGCUAAUGGCGCUGAUGUUGCAAUGGGGAUCACUAAACUGGCAGAUUUGAUUCGCUGGGAAGCUCCCGGUGCCAUUUCUCACAAGCAUCUCGGCGACUACACAGGAAAGGUAAUAGCUGUGGAUACAUCCAUUAUGUUGAACCAGUUCCGCACAGCGACACCAUCACUGAGCCCACUGACUGGUCUCUUCUUUCGCACGCUCACUCUUUUGGAACACGACAUAAAGCCUGUGUUUGUGUUUGAUGGAAAGCCUCCUGGGGAGAAGCUAGCUGCUCUUCAGAAACGAGCCGAGGCAGCAGGUUGGCACUCCCCUAACCACUUGGGCACAGCGUCACUCCAAACAAAAGACGCAUUCCAUCUCCUGAAGCUUCUGGGCGUACCCGUGAUCCAAGCUCCAGGAGAUGCUGAGGCUUUUUGCGCUUGGCUGGUGAAACGGGGCACUGCAGAAGCUGUGGCAUCAGAAGACAUGGACACGCUGCCAUUUGGAGCACAUGUUCUGAUUCGCCAGUUGAACGCAAAGAGAGACAGUGAUAUUGUGGAAUAUUCCUUACCAAAGCUGUUGGAGGUACUCCAGCUGACUCACGUGGAAUUUGUUGACCUGUGCAUCUUGCUGGGAUGCGACUACUGUGACAAGAUAACAGGUUUUGGUCCCAAGAGAGCGCUGACGCUGAUCCAGCAAUACCGCACUAUCGAAGAUGUUGUUUUGCACAUCAACAGAAAGACCCAUCCCGUGCCUAAUAACUGGAAAUACAAGGAAGCGCGGAAGUUAUUUUUGGACGCAUCACAGACAGACUUGCCUGAGGUGACGUGGUCUGAGCCAGAUGAAGGCGCUUUGGUUGAGUUCCUGCGGCGCACCACAUAUGCCAAGGAGAACAGAGUCCGUCAUCGCAUAGAGAAGUUCAGAGAGAUGCGGGAGACUAAGCGAAAGAAGAGGGAAAAGGAGCGGGCAGCUAGACAAUACAGCCAGACCCGUGUGGAUGACUUCUUCAAAGUUCUGAGAAAGAGAGCGCAGCCCGUGGAAGCUGCUGACUGUGGAAGCAGCAAGAAAAAGAGAAAGACAAAAUGAGGCUGUUGCCAUCAAGCAUGUGGAAGUUGUAGUCUGCCUUUGCACAUGUCUCAAAAUCAUGAACAACCUCAUUUGAAUUCUGUUUUUCACUUGAGCAAAAAUAAUGUGCCUCAACUGUAAUGUGCAAGUCACAUUUCUCGACAUACCUAAAUGGUUAAUUGAUUUUUUUGUUUUGUUUUAUGCUUCGUACAUGGCAAGGUAGUUAUUUUUGAAUUGUUUUUGAUCCAAUUGCACAGCGGUAAAAAUCAGGCUUUGUGGGGCUAGUUUUAUAAUAUUAUCGUCUUGUCUCAGUGGUAAAAAUGCAUUCAUGGUCAAUAUUUUUUGGUCCAGUCAGCAGCCCCCUGCAAAGAUACCAGGAAAGGCAGAGCAAGUAGUGGCUGGCUAUGAAAGAGGGCAGUGUGAGCGCUGUCCGGGGGGGUUCUACCAAAGCCAAAAAGAGACAGGGGAUGUCUCAUCACCAGAUAUUCAACUAGCACCUGCUGUGCAAUCUGUGCCAAGGCACAGACCAGAGACUUGAAUUAUUAAACAAGUGGAAUUUUGUUAUAUAUGAAGAACAUAGUAAAAUGUCAAAAUAACAGUUGUAAAGACUACAUUGUUUUGUUAUAUGUAAUGUUAAAUACUGUUAAACAUGCCAAAAAAUUAAA